GUACGCUCGGGUGCCAGCGCAGGUGCGCCGAGGUGAGGCAGGGCUCGGCUGUUUCCGUCAAAGCUCGGCAGUUGAACCGCUGUGGAUGUGGGAAUGCGGUUGCCGGAGGCAGCGGGCAUUGGUGGACACUCGGCGGAGAUGUGCGUACAGAAGCAGGAGCCCUCCGCGGUUGGCCGUCGUCCAAGUUAACGGGCUCUUUUCGGGGGGAUGUGGAUGGAAGCCCCGGACUGCUGGGUGUCGCUCGGAACAGGGCAGCUGUUAUUUUUUACCCACCCAUUUUCCGGGGGAUUUUCUGUCUUGCAGGGGAGACGGAAUGAGAGAGAAGCCGAGACGGAUUCCCCAGCACUGUGGAGCCACGCAUUGCAGGCAGCAGCGAAAAAUGACGGCCAAACGAGCAUCUGACCCUCUGCUGUAAACUGUCGCCCGCUGCUGCUGCUCAGAGGAGUAACAAUACGUAACAGCAUUUAGUUGUGGAGCUUGUGACACCAACAGCAGCAUCAUGUUCUACGGUUCUUCCUCCGGGGCCAGUAUGUCCCUACCAUCCAAGAGCCGGCUGAAACGCCAGAGCAGGACCUUCACACAGGUGCUGUACCGCACUCUGAGCUACAGAGACCGUGUCCCGGUAGAAACCGGAACUAACACUCGUGGGGACCGGCGCUCAACGACUGAACCCCCAGAGCGACCGGCAGACGACCCAGCUGAACUCUCCACGCAGAGCUCGGCCCCGGGGGUACUCAAGAUUUUUGGAGACGAAAUCUGUGCUGGUGCCAACUACAAAAGCGUCCUGGCCACACCGCGAUCCAGUGCGCAGGAACUGGUCAAAGAGGCGCUCGAACGCUACUCGCUCAACAAGAAUGCCGCCCACUCUUACGUCCUGUGUGACGUGAUCGGCCGUUUUGAGGGGGGAGGCGGCAUAGGAGGAGGCGGCUGGCGCACUGAGUGCCUGCGUGCGCUGGGGGACAAUGAAAAGCCGCUGUUGCUCCAGGAGCUGUGGAAACCCAGAGAGGGACACGCUCGCCGAUUUGAGCUGCGCAGGAGAGCAGAGGUGGAGGAGCUCAACGCCAAGGAGAAGGAUACCAUCACUGCUGAUAUUAACGCUCAGGCUCGUAAGCUGCAGAGGAACAGGGCGAAGGGGACGCUGACUCUGCCCCGAUCCAGCAACUCGUCCUUCUGCCGCAGCCUCAGCGAGACCAGCCUCAAUCAGCUGGGAGUGGGAGAGGAACCCAAGCGUUAUUACUCCACCCUGCCGGGGCCCUUAAGGGCUCGAGAACGUGAGACGGCCUCCAGCGGCCGGAGGAAAGAGGAGGGGAGUCAGGGAGGAGGAGGUGUGAGACACUCGCUUUACCAGUCCCCGCACCUCCUGCUGCUGCAGGGGUACAAUCGGCAGGACUGUCUGGUGUACCUGCUCAACAGAGAGCAGCACACAGUCGGCCAGGAAACGCCAUCAGCCCGCCCCAACAUCUGCCUCUUCUCUCCUGACAUUCUGCCCCUCCACUGCCGCCUGCGCCGAGUCCCUGCACCCCGCCGUCACGCCAGCAACAACAACAAGGGAGAGGAGCCGGCGGAGAGUCAGCGGUUCUGUGUCGCCGUUGAGCCGGUGCUCCAUGCCACAGUUCUGGUGAACUUUUCCCGCUGCGAGCGCUCCACCACCCUGCGACACGGUGACCUCCUGUCCUUUGGAGCGCAUUACAUCUUCCUGUACAAGGACCCCACUGGGGCUAAGCCUUUACCUGCUCAGACUUUGGCACGCCUUCGCUCCCUGGGGCAGCUUUACGACACUGGGGUGGAGGAGGGAGAGGGCGGGGCUCAGACUUGUAAAAUGUGCGGUUCUGUGCUGAAGGACAGAGCGGCGCAGGUGUCAAGUGUUCCCGCAGUUAGACGCACCUUCAAGCCUCACCUGUUAAAAUCCCGCAGCGGAGGGACCGCAGUGGGAGGCCCCAUUAGUCUGUCAGGAGGGGAAGGUGGAGGAGCAGGGAGAGCAGGAGGAGGAGGAGGAGGAGGAGGAGGAGGGCAGAAAAGAAGGCUACAGCUGGAGUUUGAUCAGGCUCAUGAAGACCAGCUGUUGAACAGGAUUGUGUCUCUAAUCGAACCAGGAGGAGAUGACCAUAAGCUGACACCUGCCUACCUGCUGUGUCUGUGCAUACAACAUUCUGCCUCAAGCUUCCCACCUGGGAGUUUUGGAAAACUGCUGCUCAAGAUUGUCAGACGAAUCCAGACCAUCGCAUGGGAGAAGACAAAGGAGCUGGCUCAGAAGCAAGCUCAGCACCAGGACCCAGCCUCCCUGUCUCUGCUCAGUAUCUCAGACUUGAUCCCGGACCUCCAGACCAUCUUCUUCUGGAUGUCCAACUCCAUUGAGAUCCUCUACUUUAUACAGCAAAGAGCGCCAGCGUACACACACAGCAUAGAGACACUACAAGGGUCAAAGGAGUCGUUGCUAUCGGCGACUAUAUCAGCCAAUGAGGAGGCAAUGACUAUCUUGGAAGAAGUGAUCAUGUACACUUUCCAGCAAUGUGUUUACUAUAUCACCAAGGCUCUUUAUGUAGUGUUGCCAGGUUUGUUAGACUGUAAUCCAUUCCCAGUCGACAGCUCUGAGCCCUGCUGGAAAGGUGGUGUCGGGUUUCCUGAACCUGUACGCAGAGUCCUGCAGGUGUUUCAGAACGCCCAGGAGCUUUUGCAAGGCUACCAGGUCCACCCGGAGAUCCAGGCUCAGAUGUUCGCCUACCUCUUCUUCUUCUCCAACGUGUCGCUUUUUAACCAGCUAAUGGACAAAGGUCCAUCUCGGGGUUGGUUCCAACGCUCCAAGGUGUUGCAGAUUCAGGCGUGUUUGCGGAUGGUCAUGGAGUGGGCGAGCAGGUCAGGUCUGGGACAUCUGGCUGACAAAUUCUACACCAAACUCAACAGCACAGUGUCCAUACUGGCCACACCCCCACAACAGCUCACACAGUUGAGUUGGCGAGCUUUGUCCAGUGAGCACCCGUCUCUGAAACCUGUCCAGCUGCACAGGAUUCUCACUCAGUACCAGCUCACAGCAGAGAUCGGCCCCGUCCCAACAUGGCAACCCAGCAGCGAGGACGAGGCGUACAUAUACAGAACAGUGGACCUCCUGGAGAGCUUUGAGAACCACCCUCCCAUAGUGCUGCCCAGCGCCGGCUUCAGGGUGGACCUGGACAGCGAGUGUGUGGAGGACAGCAUCUACAGACAGCUGCUCUACAUCCGCCACUACCUGUGGGGGCUUCGCACCAAGACGCAAACACACACCAACACUCCCACCGUGCACACACACUCCAACGGAACCAACACGGCUGACUGGCCCGACGUUCAGAGGGAGCUGUUGCCUCCGGCCCACAGCAGCCCCCGCUCUGCUGGUCCUGGGGACGAGGUGACGGCAGAGACGGGAGACGAGAGAGGACGAGACAGACCCUCAGGCCAAUCGCACGCACACAGCCUCAGAAGGAACGGCAACAUCCACCACCACCCUCGCCCAGCAAACCCCGACCCGUCGUGCCUCCUGACCCCUCCCAACACCCCGCUGUACCCGGACGGGGGAGGGGGAGGAGGGCCGAUCGUAGGCCCCGGCACCCAGAUUAACGGCUGCAUAAGCAGAACUGUGGCAGAAUGUAAAAAGACCAACGGACUCAUCACCAAUGGAAUGGAGGGGUGUAUUAGUGGGUGUGAGUUUCCUUUCCCUGUAUCCUCCCCUGGCGUCCCUCCCCUUCCUGAUGACUUGUGUGUGGUGUUUGUAGUGGAACUGGACAAGGGACCCUACGGACUCGGCAUGGGACUCAUAGACGGCCUGCACACUCCUCUCAACGCUCCAGGAAUUUACAUCCGAACUCUCAUCCCUGACGGACCUGCGGCCUCCGAUGGCAGACUGAGGAUCGGCGAUCGCAUCCUGGCUGUCAAUGGGACCAGUCUGAUAGGAGCAGACUACCAGAGCGCGGUGGAUCUGAUUCGUCUCGGAGGAGGUCGCCUGCGCUUCCUGGUAGCCAAGUCUGACAACGACGUCUCAGAGAAGAUCAGCGCCUCCUCCUGCUGACCACCUCUGAGGUGGGACAGCCAGACGACGAGGGAUAAAGAUGUGUGCACGGUUGAACAGGGUACACACACACACACACACACCCCAUGCAUACAUGCGCGGCAUGAAAUAUGAAUGUGAAAACUAGCACAAGGCCAAGCAAUCAAACUGGAGGUGACGCUCCGUGACUCCACUUCGCGGCUGCCAGACCUGCUUCCCUCCCGCUGACUCCUACUGGGUUUGCGUGACAGACAGAAUCCGUAACCCAGCGCGACAUCAAAGGAAUACGCUGCGAGGAAAGUUGCCUAAUUAAUCAGCAUUUGAGGUGGGCGACAACUAACCAGCCAGUAUGCAGUCUGAUCUGGUUUAAAGCACAGUAGAAUGUAGGGAUUUCAUUUUUCUCUUGUCGGGCUUCAGAGAAUGUGCGCACACUGGACUUUUUCCACCUGUUUAGAGAUUAGAUAUUAAAGGGUAAUUCUGGUAUUUAUAAACCUGGGCCCUGUUUUUACAUAUUUUGGUGUCUAUAUGUCUAAUAGCUAUAAAACGUUUUGGAGUUUGGUCCCGUUUGGCCCAGGAGAUUGUCUCAGCUAGCAACCACAAAAGGGGCUGCAACACAAUAGUCAAGUCAGAGAUCCGACAUUCCCCCAUGAGCAAGCGCUUGGCAACAACUGCGUCCAUAAAAGUACAUUCACUGAAAGGUCUUCUUUUUGCCACUCAGAUUGUUAUUCUUCAUAGCUGUUAAAGAGUAAGUUUCUUUUUGUUUACAAAGAAAAAACCUGCAGAAAGUGCUCUCUUAAAAGCCAAUAGAAUGCAUUGACAAAAACAGUAAUUUCACCUCACUUGUGCUGUUGUAUGUUUUUAGGAAUAAGUUCAGAUCACAUUUUGACAUAGUUGGUCCAAGAAUUAAAUUGUUUUGUGGCUGCCAGGUGAGGUCAUCUACUGGAUCAGUUCCAGUUUUUGUACCUAUUUGUCAUUUAAACAUGAAAAUAUGUAAAAAAAAAAAAAAAAAAAAAUUAGGGCCCUUUAA